AUGCGAGACCUUCGACGACGUGCUCUCGAGAGCAACAAGACCGUCUCCCGGAAGGCUCAGAGCCGUGGAGUGUCGAAUCCCAGCUCGAGGACGCCGUCUGCUCACAGUUCUCGCCAGUCUUCGAGAAACGUUAGUCGACACCCUUCAGACGACGAGGAUGAUGACGAUGAUACUCGUAGCGAAGGCACCGCUUGGAGCAAUGUAUCCGAGGAGCUCGGUGCCCCGGAAGGAGAGCAAGAUGCGGAAGGAAGCCGAGCACCUUUGCAUGAUGUGAUCGACGAGCUUAUCGACCGGAAACGCAGCUCCGUUCAGGGACGAGAGGACUACCUUAACUCCUUCGUCCGGCAGUUAACUGCCCAUUACCAGGAGGAAGAACUCGGGGAGAAGAUGGACGAGCUACUCAAAGUAUUCGCCAAAAGCAUCAGAUCCGAACCGAGCGAGAAGGAGGCGAUUCUAGCCCUCAGAGCAACAUCAUUAAUGGCGGUGACCAUGAUGGACGACACAAUCUACCCAGCCAUGAACUCAGUUCUCAAGCGAGCCAUCAUGGACUCUUCUUCUUUUGCCGUCAAGGCCGCGGCUAUCCGAGCCCUGAGUGCAUGUGCCGUCUUUGGCGGGGCCGGUGACGAUAGCAUCCUCGAGCAGAUGACUUUCUUCCUGGAAAUAGCCGGGUCUGACGGUGCCUACGUCGAAGCCGCCGAUGAUUCCGAUACCGUUACCGCAGCUCUGGAGGAAUGGGGAUUCCUGGCCUCCCACAUCGAAGAUCUCGAAGUCGAGAGCGAGGAGGCCAUUGAGGCCUUUUCAGACCAGUUAGAUAGCAGUGAAACCAGCGUCCAGGUCGCAGCUGGUGAAAACAUUGCACUCCUCUACGAGAAGAGCUACACGCCAAAGGAGGAAGAUGAAUCAGAUGAAGAAGACAACUACAACAACGUUACCGAUGACGAGCACUCAUCCUCCCCGUCAGACGACGAAGACGAUAAUGGCGCCAAAUUAAUCAAACGCUACACUGCAUACCAUAACACGCACCGUAUCAUCAGGCAAGUGGAGUCGCUUGCCCAUAUUUCCGGUCGCCAUAUCAACAAGAAGGACAAACGAUCCCUUCACACCAACUUCACAUCCAUCCUCAACACGGUCAUUAACCCUCGUCGUGGUCCACAGUACAGCAACGCCAUUGACGCUGAGACCAACCACAACUACGGAAGUCGAAAGACCGUCAAGUUCCAUCGUAACAGCUACAUGCGCGUGGAUAGAUGGUGGAAGUGGAUUCGUCUCGCGGCGAUGCGAAGAAUUUUAGGAGGCGGGUUCGUGGACCACUAUUUCGAAGGAAAUCGAGCUAUCCUGGAGACUUUGCCGGUUACCCUAGGUGUCGGAAAUUCCGGGCCUGCAUUCAGCAGUGGAAAGUCCAAGUCCGGAAAGAGAGGCGGUGGAAGAGUCAAGGGAGCCGAUGUUCUCUCGUCGUCGCAUUGA